AACACACUCUACUCCAAGCUCGAGUAGCUGAGCAGAGGCUCGGACAUGACCAAGAAGCUCACCUCCGCCAUGGCCGGGAAGCAGGAUUUUCGCAAGGCGCAAUCCGACGAUCAGGGGAUUCACGGAGGCGGCAAGAGCGCAGCGGGAUUCGGGGGCAGGCUGAUCUCCCACGAGCAGGAGGACGCCAUCAUCGUCGCGGCGCUGCGGCACGUGGUGUCCGGGUACAGCACGCCGCCGCCGGAGCUCGUCACGGUGGCGGGCGGCGAGGCGUGCGGGGUCUGCGGCAUCGACGGGUGCCUCGGGUGCGACUUCUUCGGGGCGCCCUCGGGGCUAGUGAGUCCUGGCGUUGGGCAGGUGGCAGCGGCGGGAGGAGGGGAGCAGCAGCAGAGGCCGCGGCGGCGGAGGAAGAGGAACAUGUACCGCGGCGUGCGGCAGCGGCCGUGGGGCAAGUGGGCGGCGGAGAUCCGCGACCCGCGGCGCGCGGCGCGCGUGUGGCUGGGCACGUUCGACACCGCGGAGGCGGCCGCCAGGGCCUACGACUCCGCCGCGCUCGAGUUCCGCGGCCCGCGCGCCAAGCUCAACUUCCCGGGCGCGGCGGGGGCCGCGACGCGGACGCCGUCGCCGUGCGGCGCGGAGACGGCGACGGCGACGACGCCGGGGGAGUGGCGGCUGGGCGGCGCGGACGGAGCGGGGGACGAGCUGCUGUGGGAAGGCCUACAGGACCUGAUGAAGCUGGACUAGGCGGACUUGUGGUUCUCGCCAUUCGCUGGCGCGGCAUCUAGUUUCUGAGAGCUCGAUUCGAUCCUGUACUGACAACCACGUGCACCAAAGUGUAGUUGCUGUCUUACUGACCACUAGGUCUCAGCUAUGAUAACCGGGAACGGCAUUCUUUUGUUGGACAAUGCAUAGCUAGUCGGUUCGUCAAGGUUGGCUUAUAACUUGAUCGCGUGACAUUCUUGAGUUGCGUAUAUUGACGGGUGAAUAUGGAAUUUUUUUUGUAUCAAUGGAUCUUCUGGGGAAAACUGUUUGAUA